CUAGAGGUCAGAAAAUAAGAUUUCUCUUUCAAAGUAGUGAAGUUUAGUCCUUUAUUUAAGAGAAGUAAAUUUCAUGCAUAAUUCACAGUCUAAAUAAACUAAGCAUAAAGAAAUAAAUAAAGCUUGACUUGACUUACUUACCUAGCUUAUUUACUAUUCUCUCUGUUUUUAGAAAAAAACACAUGAAUGCCUGAUGGAAAAUUACAACCAAACAUCAACUGAUUUCACCUUAUUAGGGUUGUUCCCGCCAUCAAGGAUGGGCCUGUUCCUCUUCAUUCUCAUCAUUCUCAUUUUCUUAAUGGCUCUGACUGGCAACCUGUCCAUGAUCCUCCUCAUUUUCCUGGACACUCAUCUCCACACGCCCAUGUAUUUCCUACUUAGUCAGCUCUCACUCAUGGACCUGAAUUACAUCUCCACCAUUGUCCCCAAGAUGGCUUCCAACUUUCUGUUUGGAAACAAGUCUAUCUCCUUCAUUGGAUGUGGAGUCCAGAGUUUCUUUUUUUUGACUUUGGCAGGUGCAGAACCACUUCUCUUGGCAUCUAUGGCCUAUGACCGUUACUUGGCCAUUUGUUUUCCUCUUCACUAUCCUAUCCGUAUGACCAAAAGUGCUUGUGUGCUUAUGACUACAGGAUCUUGGAUAAUGGGGUCUAUUAACUCCUGUGCCCAUACUGCAUAUGCACUCCACAUACCCUAUUGCCAAUCCAGGGCCAUCAAUCAUUUCUUCUGUGAUGUCCCAGCCAUGUUGGCUCUGGCUUGCAUGGACACCUGGGACUAUGAGUACACGGUGUUUGUGAGCACUACCUUGUUUCUCAUGUUUCCUUUCAUUGGCAUUACUUAUUCCUAUGUCCAAAUUCUCCUUGCUGUCUACCGCAUGCCCUCAACAGAAGGAAGGAAGAAGGCCUAUUCAACUUGCAGUACCCACCUCACCGUGGUGACUUUGUACUGUGCACCUUUUGCUUACAACUAUCUACGCCCAAGAUCACUCCGAUCUCCAGCAGAAGACAAGAUUCUUGCUGUUUUCUACACCACCAUCACCCCUAUGAUCAAUCCAGUCAUCUACAGUCUUAGGAACAAGGAGGUGAUGGGGGCCCUGAGAAGAGUUAUUCAGAGAAUAUUCUUUGUGAAAGUGUAGACAAAACCUUUUUUUUUUUUUUGAAAGUGUAAACAAAAGAUUUUGCAUCAGUGUCCAAGCUGCAGGUGCAAAUCUUUUCAGGACUGCACAGUCAUUAUGGAAAUAUUAUUCAAGA